AUGCGUAAAUCGGAUGUCAUCUAUGCUUUCUAUGAGUUGGAUGAACGAUUUACUACUCUUGUACAGUUCUUUGUUGGUGAUUCACUUAAUCUGGCAAAUAUUUCGCCUCCUGUGAGUAUUUACAUUCUCAGCAAACUCGGUUCUCAAUUUCGUCGCCUGGCAAUAGGUGGUCAAUCGUUCAAUUUUUCAAUUGCUCGAGACUGCUUGAUAAAAUACUGUGGAAAUGUGGAAAUGCUUGAUAUUUUCUGCACAACAGCAUGCCAUGAUAUACGUGAUUACUUACAAUUUGUUCACUGGAAUUUGGAAUCUUUUUCAAUCGUAGAUAAGCAAAGACAGCUUUAUUCGAACGUCGCUAUACAACUGUAUUUGCAAUCACAAAUACAAGUAGGAUUUGUCUAUCAUCGUUUAACAUUGCAUGUAAUAGACUACGAAGCGGACAGUAUAGCUUUGCUUGACUGGCAUCAGCGAAGUGUGGAAAUAACCGAAGGACUGUAUGAAAUUGAAAAUGUCUUUGGACACAAAUUUAUCAUACCUCAACAACAAAAUAGUAGAGUUUAUGUUGGUGAUAUUGGGCCCCUUGAAAAGCGUAUCUUUCGUCUCGAACAUAUUCGAUAUCGUGAAUAUCGCUUGCGACACUGUCAAUCCAACACAAUUCUUUGUAUUUAUCAAGAAUCAUUAAAUAAUGAAGCACCUCUUGUACUCAACGCUAAUACAGAUCAAACAUUAACAUUCGAAAGUGUUGGUAACAAUAAUAGCGAGUAUUAUAUUUGGCCUACUCAUCAGCGACCAACCACUCGAAGAAAAGUGCUCGAUGUCUACAAUGAUCCUUAUGGUCGUGCUGGACAGAAUGGAGCGCAAGUCCAAUUGUAUAGCUUCCAUGGCGGACCCAAUCAACGCUUUCAUUUGCGUACUGUCGACGAAAAUAUUCUUGUUUCAACACAUCAAGUCAGAAAGAAGACAAAAUCAAUAAUUGAAGAUUUUUCAAAUGAAUUAUUCUAUGAAAUUUUCAAUUAUCUUGAUGGUUAUCAAAUCCAUCACAUAUUUUCAAAUAUUAAUUAUCGUUUUCAACAAUUAAUUAAUUCUUCAUCAUUGAGAUUAAAAAUCAAAUAUUGUUCUAAUAAUUCGAAUGAAAUUCUUCGUUUUAAUAAAGAACAAAUAUAUUCACUUAGUUUAAAUGAAUCAUUUUCAAUAAAUUUAAUUGAUUCAUUAUUUAUUUAUCUUGAAUCACUUCGUAUUACUUCAAUUAAUUCAAAUGAACUUCUUUUAUUUAUUUCAAAUUUACAAUCUUUACCAUGUCUCAAAUCAUUAACAAUUAAAAUGUCACAAUGUAAUAUUGGUUAUUCUCAAAUUUAUUAUGAAAUUUUUUCUUUAAAAAUGUUAAAAUAUUUUAAAUUAUCAAUAGAUGAUUAUUCCGGUUCAUUUGAAUUUUCAUCAUUUAAUCCAAAUAAACAAAUGAGUCAUUUAGAAUAUCUUAUUAUUGAUUAUCAAUGUUUUCUUCCUGCUAUAACAAAAAUAUUAUCAUAUAUGCCUUCAAUUCAUUAUGUUUCUCUUAUGAAAUUAUUUUAUUAUGAUUCAUCACUUGAAACAAAUUAUCCUUCUAUAUGGCCUAAUUUAACACAUUUAUCCAUAUGUUUAACUGAUUGGCACACUACGUUUGAAUGUUUUGAAGUAUUAAUUAGUAAAAUUGGCUCAAAAUUAAAGGUUUUUUCUUUUAAAAAUUAUCAUAGAAAUAUCAAGUAUUUCAAUGCUUCUCGAUGGGAAAAUCUUGUUUUAAAAUUUAUGCCUCAAUUGGAUAAAUUUUAUUUGAAACAUACAGAAAAUGUUGAUAGAAUUCUAAGAGAUAGAGAUGAUGAUGAAGAAACAAAUGAUUUUACAAGAUCAUUUUGGAUUGAACGAAAAUGGAUUUUAGAAAUUGAAAUUAAUAAUCAAAAUAUUCUCUUUUCUAUUUUGCCUUAUAAAAAACAAUGGUUUCAUGAAGAAAAUUUAUUUGAAUUAAAUCAAUUAAUUAUUUCACGAAUAAAUAUAAAUAAAUCGAAUUAUUUUAUUCCAAAUGAUAUUUAUCGUAUUUUAAAUUUCACACAAAUUCAUCAUUUAGAAAUUACAAAAGAAAAUCUUUUUAUUGGUUUAUUAUUGCAAAUAACGAAUUGUUUAUUUGAACUUCGAUCAUUAAAGAUUCAUUCAUUAUUAUUAGAAGAUGAUUUAAGAGAUUUAAAUUUAAAAGAAAUUUCUAUUCUUUAUUCAAUACAUUUAACAAGUCAAAUUAAGAAAAUUUAUCUUAGAAAUCUUACAAAUAUAAAACAAAUCGAUUUUCUUAUGAAAUUUUCUCCUUAUUUAUCAUUUCUUAAAAUUGAUUAUUUACAUAAUUUAGAUAUUCCAUCGAUUCUUAGACAAAUUAAUCAUACUUAUCUGAAUUUAUUAAGUUUUUAUGUUCCAACAGCGGAUGACAAAAUGAUCAAUAAUUUAAAUAAAAUUAUUUCUCAUGAAAAACUUCUCUUUAAUUAUAAAAUUAUUCGUCAAAAUGAACAUAUCUUCUUCAAUUGGAAUUUAUUAGAAUAA